ACUGACUGACCGUUCGUUUUACUUACAUCUACUCGUACAUGUCACGCACUCUACAAUCUACUCUCUCGCCCCAGAGCAUUUCCAGCAGACUUUCUCAACUCACCCAUCAAGUCCAAAUUACUCCAAAGCUACGGAACACCAUGGACCACUCUCUCAGAUCCCACUAUCUCGCUGACAAUCCUCCCACCGUUGUAAAACUGGAGAUCACUCCUCAUUUCGCUGCCCUGUCUGCCAAACAAAAACGUUAUGCUCAUCAUUUGAGCAAAGCUUGCUUUCAUGGCACAAGAGUGACAUUGGCACAGGUGUCGCCCGAAUCGCCAGUCAUAUACGAGCUGAUACUGGCCCUACACCAUGCUUGCGGUGGAAAUUACAAGAAGUUGUCCGAUAGUACAUCAGUGGGCUCAGACGAUAUCACCCUAUGGCUCGAAUAUGCCGCUCAGUUCUUAGGAAAUUGUGGCAACUAUAAAGGCUUCGGAGACUCCAAGUUCAUCCCCAGGAUCUCUCCCGAGGCACUCAAACAGCUGUGUGCAGUGAAUGAGGAAUGCAAGAAGUUGCAUGAUACGGCUACACAAGCAGGAGGUGGAAUAUAUGAGACCAAAGACGUAGCGUUGAUGCACCUUGGAUAUCCUGAAGGCGGGCAUAUGACUGCAUACUAUCCAGACUCUCCUACUAUAACCAAAGAGGAGAUUACAAUCGUGGGCGAUGUAUUGGAGGAGAAGAAGCUGCUUAUCGAGAACACUAGAUUACGCAAGCUGGCCUCCGGAGAUUUUGAUCUAUUGAUUGCGUCUGGUAUCCAGAAUCCACCGGCAUCAGAAAGAGAUCUGGGUGACCUGUCGACUAUUGAUUUGCCAGGGAAGCUCUCGGGGAAGAAGCUACACCUCGUGUUCGGUGACUACCUGAAUGAGAUGGGGAAGAUUGCCCUUGAGAUCAAGAAAGCGAAAAAGGAAGCCGCCAACGAAACAGAGGAGAAGAUGAUGGACGAGUAUGCUCGAUCAUUCGGCACCGGCAGUAUUCAGGGCUUUGUAGAAUCUCAGCGAUACUGGAUCAAAGACAAGAAGCCUAUGGUUGAGACUGACAUCGGGUUUGUAGAAACUUACCGAGAUCCCCAUGGGGUCCGCGGUGAGUGGGAGGGCUUUGUCGCCAUGGUCAAUCAAGAGCGAACUAGAGCAUUCGGCAAACUCGUGGACGCGGCACCAAGUAUGAUUCCGAAAUUGCCAUGGGACAAAGAUUUUGAGAAAGACAAGUUCUUGAGCCCUGAUUUUACAUCCCUGGAGGUGCUUAGUUUUGCUGGCAGCGGCAUCCCUGCAGGAAUCAACAUACCCAACUACGACUUCAUCAGACAAAACGAAGGCUUCAAGAACGUCUCUUUGGGCAAUGUUCUCAGUGCCAAGGCACCUAAGGAGCCCAUACCUUUUAUUCGUGCACAGGACGACGAACUGUACCGAAAAUAUCGAGAUGGCGCUUUCGAGGUUCAGGUAGGCAUUCACGAGCUCCUGGGACACGGUUGCGGCAAACUGCUGCAGGAGACCUCCCCAGGAGAAUACAACUUUGAUAUCAAGAAUCCCCCUGCCAGUCCCGUCACAGGGAAAGCAGUCACUUCAUGGUACAAACCUGGCCAGACUUGGUCCAGUGUGUUUGGUUCCAUUGCUUCGUCGUACGAGGAGUGCCGAGCAGAAUGUGUUGCCAUGGCACUGUCCUGUGACUUUGAGAUCUUGAAAAUCUUUGGGUUUGGUAAUGGCAAAGAAGACAUGAGCAAUGAAGCAGGUGAUGUUCUUUACGUCGCUUACCUCCAGAUGGCCAGAGCAGGCGUUGCGGCUCUCGAGUAUUGGGAUCCCAAAUCACGCAAGUGGGGACAAGCUCACAUGCAAGCUCGCUUUUCCAUCCUCCGGACUUUCAUGAAUGCAGGUGGGAGUUUCUGUGAGAUCAAAGCUCCUAAUGGAGAUUUGAACAGUCCCGACGAUCUCGAGAUCUUCUUGGACAGAAGCAAGAUUUUGUCACACGGUCGGCCAGCUGUGGAGGAUUACCUUCAAAAGCUACACAUAUACAAAGCAACGGCCGAUUUCGAAGCAGGGAAGAAAUUGUACGACGACAUCACCGGGGUUGAUACUUGGUGGGCAGAGAAAGCCAGGCCUAUUGUUCUCAAGAAAAAGACUCCUCGAAAAGUAUUCGUGCAGGCGAAUACAGUACUGGACGAACAGACUGGUGAAGUCAAGUUGGUCGAAUACGAGCCGACGAUCGAAGGCAUGGUGCAAAGUUACGUUGAACGGGGAGUCUGAAAGAACCCUAGCCUUUUCUUGACGAUAUACACAGCAUGGCCGGCAUAUAGUCGUACUCUUACUCAAAUCAGCGUGCAUCAAUAUGAUGAAUGAACAAACCCAGUUGAGGUUCACAGCACAGUCGUACUCGUACAUACAGCUUCCUCGACCAGGAUGGAAAUGCAGCUUUCCCCCGCAAAGGUUGGGCAUGUAUCGAAUGCCGUGUAACCACCGGAGCAUGUACUAUCGAGGCAUGUAACAAUGGAGAUCGUGGUGUACGAGUACGUGGCCGGUUAGCCGACUUCGGUUCGACCGAGAGUGAUACAUACACCUCAACCAAAUGUUGAUUCGCUCGGCAUAGACCUGCAUAUGACGGACCAUACUGUGUUCGUC